UUUUCGUCUGAGUCUGAGACCUGACAUUUUUUCGUCUGAGUCUGAGACCUGACAUUUUUUGGUCUCCGUCUGAUACCUGACAUUUUCUCGUCUGAGUCUGAUACCUGACAUUUUUUGGUCUGAGUCUGAGACCUGACAUUUUUUGGUCUUAGUCUGAGACCUGACAUUUUUUGGUCUGAGUCUGAUACCUGACAUUUUUUGGUCUGAGUCUGAUACCUGACAUUUUUUGGUCUCCGUCUGAUACCUGACAUUUUCUCGUCUGAGUCUGAUACCUGACAUUUUUUGGUCUGAGUCUGAGACCUGACAUUUUUACGUCUGAUUCUGAGACCUGACAUUUUUUGGUCUGAGUCUGAUACCUGACAUUUUUUGGUCUGAGUCUGAGACCUGACAUUUUUUCGUCUGAGUCUGAGACCUGACAUUUUUUCGUCUGAGUCCUGACAUUUUCUCGUCCGAGUCUGAGACCUGACAUUUUUUGGUCUGAGUCUGAGACCUGACAUUUUUUGGUCUGAGUCUGAGACCUGACAUUUUUACGUCUGAGUCUGAGACCUGACAUUUUUUCGUCUGAGUCCUGACAUUUUCUCGUCCGAGUCUGAUACCUGACAUUUUUACGUCUGAGUCUGAGACCUGACAUUUUCUCGUCCGAGUCUGAGACCUGACAUUUUUUGGUCUUAGUCUGAUACCUGACAUUUUUUUGUCUGAUACCUGACAACUUUUUUCCUGAGACCUGACGAUGUCCUAAAAUGUACACCGUACACUGGGGAGCGCCAUAUUGUGACCUCCACAGUAACCGGAAACACAUGACCUCCACAGUAGGCGGAAAUACGUUCCUGCGUGGAUCACCGACUGUGGAGACCUUGCAAGUGGAUCGUAAAGAUGCACAUAUCAAAUUGGAAUUCUGCCCCCAAACCAGAAUUGCAGGAAUGCACAACAUGUUGCAGAAGACUUUUUCACUGCCCUCUGUGCCCCACUUUCAGCUCUACUGUCAGGGCAAAGAUUGAGGAGCAUAUAAAUGGACACAUUAAAAAUGCUUUGCCUUUCAAAGGUGCAGAAUGCUGUGAUCAGUGGAAAGACAGGGCUUGCGUGUACAGAUGAGCAGCGCAGGUGGAAUGCAGGGACAGCAAAGAACCUUGAACCUAAACGUCUAAGCCAGAUAAACUUCAGACAUCACAGGGCAGAGGAGCAGUACGAUGUGAACUCCCAGACUGCAGUGACACAAUCUCUUCCUAACACACCAUAUCACCUUACACAUCAAGACUUUAUUGACAGUGUUAGCAAAGCACCAGUGAAGCCACUUUUCCUCCUCAAGAACACAUUAAUUGGAAAGUGUUACAAUGCCUCGCCAUCUGCAGGUCUUCACCGCAAUAGUAAAGUUGAUGAGCAAUUUUUUCAGCCACACCAAGCACACAGUUACGAACUAAGCUGUAAUCCAUGCAGGGCAUUCUACCAGGCAUACAUUCAAGUUUCUGAAGAGCAAGCAGAACAAUUACAAGAAGAAACAAAAGAGCAAAGUGCAUCUGAUUUGUGGCACAACUGCAGGAAAAUCAGACUUACAGCAAGCUCCGCUAAAAAAGUUCCAGUACGUGCCACCACAAAAAAUGACAAAUUUUUAUCUGAGCACAUGUACCCUUCCUUUCGUGGGAAUUAUGAAACAAACUAUGGUAAAGAAAAUGAAGUUAGAGCUUGUCAUCAGCUGAAAGAACAGGGUAUGAACAUCCGUCACAUGGGUAGUGUUAUCAGCAUCCAGGAGCCAUGGCUCUCUGCGAGUCCUGACGGGGUCAUUGACUCAGAUGUGCUUCUAGAAAUAAAAUGUCCUGUGCCGACUUAUCCUUCACUCACGGAGCAGCUUACCCAGAAAUGCAGCGAUAUCAAACUGGUAGAUGGAGAACUGCAGCUGCAGAAAACUGGCAGCAGAGGCUAUUACAUGCAAGUGCAACUUACAAUGUUUUGCACAGGGCUCAAGACUGCCACACUUGUGAUCUGGACACCUAGUGAGCAGGUUUCAUUUACAGUGCAAUAUGAUGAAGCAUUUGUAAAGGAACAAGUAAAGCGCUUGAGAGGGUUUUACUUCUCAUAUUUCUUACCUCGACUUGUAGAGGAGUAUGCAGCAGGACGGUUUCAGUUGAAUGAGAGAUACUUGAAGAUAAUGGGCAAGGUUUAAUGCAUGUUACAACUAUAAAUGGGACAGUCAGACACCAACAUGUCUGCAGAGUUUGGUCUCUGUCUUGUGAAUGAAAGGAGACAUUCAAUAUGAAAUCUGUUAAAUAUUUCAAUACAACUAAAAUGUACAUAGUUGUAACAUGGUGGGAAAUGAAUGACAAACUGACAACAAUAAAUGUUGUGAAUAGUUCUGUAUUUCUGUAAUCUUCCAACACAAAAAAAUGUCAAGAAUGCACAACUAUUAUUGUAGAUUUGAGAAAAACAUUUUUUUUCAUUUGAAGAACUUAUCACAUUGUUUCAAUAAAAAAGUAAUUGUUCAAUUGAUUGCAAU